UUUCUUCCUGCCUAUUCAAUACUUAAUUUUCCUCCAUUGUUCUCAUAGACAAAGCAGGUAAAAAAAUAGAUUCAAUUUUUAAAGAACUGUUUCUCAUGCUCUUACAUAACAAACAGUGCAUAAACUUUACUCCCCCCCCUCGCUCAGAAACAAGGCUUUUCUUUAUCCAACCAACGUCACAGAAGUCAAGGCAUGUGUCAGCAAAGCUUUGCCGAACACUCUUGCCUUUGUGCUGGAUUUGUAGGCUGAAAAAAGCCCCGUCAUGUUUCGUGAUUCAUCAUCGGCGCGAAGCCUUGAUUCUUGCAUGUCAAACACGAGACGUUCCCACCCGCCUGCACACACUCGCAUGAAUGAGCGCAUUGUUGCAGAGCGUUGCACCGCGAGAGCUGAUUGCUGAAUCACAUGCAGCGAAGAGAAGCCGGCAGCACGGAUAUGGAAGAAGCGUGAGGUGGAAGGAAAGGAGAAGAUGAAGGAUGUGGAAGACGGUAUGAGUCGAACCAAAUCAGGCUCCAGUUAGAGGAACGGGAGGCUGCAGGACAUGGACACAAGGGUGGAAAUGAGGGCCGCCUUUUGGACGAGCUUGAACUUCUCUGAAGUGACUGAAAACAUUAAAACCAGCAGGAUGCAUCUAGUUGUGAAGUCUUCACAUGGAUCCAUUUUCAAAGAGCUGCCUCACCUUGUGGAGAAAGCUUCUGUGACUCGGAGGGAGAUUUGUCUCAUCAUCAGUGAAAGCUUCUUCAUGGUCAAAGGAGCUGCCCUCUUUCUCCAGCAGGGCGGCAACACACAGGGACCAAAGACUCCCACGCACCACAAACAUGCAGGUGAUUUACCUCAACAUCUGCAAGUCAUGUUCAAGAUCCUGCGGUCUGAAGAUCGCAUCAAGCUGGCUGUGCGUUUGGAAAGCGGAUGGUCAGAGCGCGUGCGUUACAUGGUUGUUAUCUACACUAACGGCCAUCAAGACACGGAAGAAAACAUUGUUGUGGGAAUGGAUUUUCCAGACAAGGACAGUAAAAACUGCUCCAUUGGGAUGGUCCUGCCUCUGUGGAGUGAUACCAACAUUCAUCUAGACGGAGAUGGAGGCUUCAGCGUGAACACAGCAGGCCGGUCACAUGUCUUCAAACCUGUUUCUGUGCAGGCUAUGUGGUCUGCCCUGCAGGUCCUCCAUAAGGCAUGCGAGGUGUCCCGCCGGUUCAACUACUUCCCAGGAGGCAUUUCUCUUACGUGGAUGGCGUUCUAUGAGAGCUGCAUCACCUCAGAGCAAAGCUUCAUCAAUGAGUGGAACGCAAUGACUGACCUGGAGACCACCCGGUCCGAUUCCCCCAACAUGUUCGUCGAUGGACCGACAGAGCGAGAAAGAACAGAGUGUCUUAUCAAGUCCAAGCUUCGCAACAUCAUGAUGUUUCAAGACUUGGAGAACAUCACGUCAAAGGAGAUCCGUAAUGAGCUGGAGCAGCACAUGAGCUGCAACCUCAAGGAGUACAAGGAGUUCAUCGACAACGAGAUGCUCCUGAUCCUGGGUCAGAUGGAUAAAGCCACACUCAUCUUUGACCACGUUUAUUUGGGUUCCGAGUGGAACGCCUCCAACCUUGAAGAACUACAAAACUGCGGAGUCGGUUACAUUCUGAACGUUACCAGAGAGAUUGACAACUUCUUCCCAGGGAUGUUUUCCUAUCACAACGUCCGCGUGCACGACGAGGACGCCACUGACCUGCUGGCCCACUGGAACGAUACCUACAACUUUAUUGUCAAAGCCAAGAAGAAUAACUCAAAGUGCCUGGUGCACUGCAAGAUGGGUGUGAGCCGCUCUGCCUCCACAGUUAUCGCCUACGCCAUGAAGGAAUAUGGCUGGUCUCUGGAGAAAGCGUACAACUGCAUCAAGCAGAAGAGGAGCAUAGCUCAGCCAAAUGCUGGUUUCAUGCGGCAGCUGGCGGAGUAUGAGGGAAUCCUCGAUGCCAGUAAACAACGUCACAACAAGCUGUGGCGGCCUGACACAGACGAGGAAGGUUCAGACGAUCUGCAAGCGUCGGGUCACAGUACAGGUGGAGAGGAGACGCCGGUUCUCAGAGGGGAAGAGGCCUGGGGAGGCUGCGGGGCGUCACCAUGCCGGGGUCUGGAGAUGGAACCUUUAGACUCUCUCAACUAUAACUAUUACUUCAGACGUUUAUCGGACUCUGCACUCGACAGCGAGCCGUCCACACCGGUGCGGGGACCUCCUCUGCUAGGCAUGGAGAGAGUUUUCAUCGAAAUAGAGGAUGUGGAGAGAGAUGCCCUGCUGGAGGACGAGGGUUUCCCCAUGGCCCACCUAACUCUGCCCGGCGAGGGCACCGCUGCUCAGACAUGCAGCCGCCUCGACCCAAUGGAGGACAUGAGACUGAGGCUGGAAUUCAGCACGCUGGAGGAAGAGGACGAGGAAGAGGCCAAGAAGGAGGAAGAAGAGAUGGCGGCCUUGACUCAGACACCCGGGAGUUCGGGUGGGAGGAAGACAGGAGAGGAAGCUGAGGGGAAUGAGGAGAGUCAGCUGGGUUUAGCCAACCUGAACACCAACAACAGCAACCGCCUGGCUGCCAAGCGUAGCUGUCCUGCAGCUUUUGAUGACAGUGCCAGCGCAGGAAACCCAUUAAAAGUGAAGCCUUCCUAUCAGUCCUGUAAAGACUGCAUGCGUCUACCACAAGGGCGGCGCUGCGACCGUCCAGCAGGAGGCCGUUCACACCGCCUUAACCCCUCCCGCCACUGCACCAUACCCUCCAUAUGCAUAGAUCCUCCUGGGACGCACUUUAUUUCAACCCCGGUUCUGUCAACCCCGACGGUCAUUCCGUCUAACUUGGUCCAGCCCUGCACUAACUUCUACCAGUGUUCCAGCUGCACGAUCGGUAGCACAUCCGCUCCUGAAGCCAACCAUCAAAAACUUUUCUCACCCAUGAACUGUGAGGAAACGCCUCCGGACGGCAGCUCGGUGGAGACCGAGGACAUGGAGGAGCCGCAGAACGAGGUCACGAGGCAGAGUAACGAGGCCAUCGAUGUGACUGAAGCCGACGGCCUCAAAUUUGGUGCUGAGAUUGCAAGCUUCCAGUAGGUCCUCCGCCUUAGACCCAAACUGAUGCUUCCUCUCCAUGAAGGAGCUGGCUUAUCACUGCCUCAGCUGCUGUGAUGGCUGUGAAUAUUAGAUGCUGUGGUGUUGCACCAGGAAUGCAGAGGCUCUGCAGUGACCUCUGCUGUUUCAACCUUGCCUCAUAACUUCAGAAAAUAAGUCAGUACACUGCAAAAACACAGUUUUUUUGUCUAGUUUCUAGUGAAAUAAAACAGAAUUAACUUACUAAUAACUUUUCAGCAAGAUACAGCAGACUGUUUUAAGUCAAUAAUUCCUUAAUAUUGUUUUUUUUUAAUUACUAGUUCUACUGGCAGAUUAUAUCACUGUACAAUUUUAUUAAUAAGAAAUUAUUGACUUAAAACAAGCUCUUAUCUUGCUGAAAAGUUAUUGGUAAGUUAGUUUUGUUUUAUUUCAAGUGCACUAAGAUAUUUGCAUUAGAAACUUGACCAAAAAUACUUAAGAUUUUGUGUUUUUUGCUGUCUAGCAGCUAUGUGCGGCUUUACAGAGUGCCCUUUUAUAGAAGCUGGCUGUUUUCAAAACCUGGAUAGAUGGGGCUAAGUAAGGAGAGAAGAACUGCUUCCUAACCCGUCAUUAACUGUUUAAGAGCCUCAUAUGAACCCUGUACACUUUCCAGUCCCAGCACACAUGCAGUUUCACCACAUUUCAGUGGAGAAGCACCCAUCAUACCUUCAGCAGAGGUUGUUAGGUCUAGUUCAUGUUGUUGCCUGGAUACAAAACACUAAAUUUGGCAUAUUAAUCUUAACACAAACAGCUUCUGACAGCAUGCUCUAUGUUUUCAAUCAUAUUCAAAGUAUUCAGUAUGUACUCAUGCGGGAGCUCAAAACAAUAUUUACAUUUGGGCCUGUUCUCACACAUUAUGUUAUCCUCUUGUUUGCUGAUAUUGUUGCUGCUGCAGCUGCUUUUUGCGUUGUGUGUGUAUUCACAAUAAUUUAAGAAACGGAUGUAAUCAUGAGUCUGGACUACACGCUUUUCAGACUGUUUUGGUGAAGGACUGUUUUGUUCCCAGUUCUCUUUUAUUGUUAAGCUUGACCUCUUCUAUUAAAGUUAAUUGAAUCAUCUACUUUAGGCGCUCAGUUUAGCCCAUGAGUGAGCAUGCAAAAUUACAAAACACAUGUUUUGUUAAACAUUUCUUCAUUUUUACAUUUUUGUUUGUAUUAAUAUUUUACCUGUGGGUCACGCUAUUUAAUAACAACUGAAAGCACAUUGAUUUAAAAUAAAAUUUUGUAAAUGGACUAAAAUAUUAGUUACCUCAAGGCAGCCCCGGCUCCAGAUGAGUUUAACAGGGGGGGCAAAAUGAAUCCACGCAGCAAUAACAAUAUUACUCAAGUAAAAGAAAAAGGUACAGUACAGUAAAACGGCUCUUAUAAGUACCUAUUUUCCAGAAAAGUUACUCAAGUGAAUGUAACCAGUACUAUCCAUAAACAACAACACCAAUAGCCUACAGGCCACUUGUUAACAAGCUUAACCUGCUGUAUUGGUAUUAGCUAGUCAUCUUUUAGAUUACCUGCAUCCAACAGCAUUACUGAACUCAGUCGGUUAGUUUGGGGGAAAAAUCUGUGCAAAGUUCUUUGCGGUUUGCUGCCAUAAUUCUAACACACACCUGAGCAGCUCUGCACGGCAGCACAGGUGUAAAUCCAGAGCGAGCGUCUUAGCGUUCACGUUGCGUUUAAAAGCGGCUCAGGAAAACAGGUUACCCCGUGUUAAUAAGGGAUUAAACGCUGUUAACUGCUGAAAAAAGUGACAGAAGACACACGUAUGGGAAGUGCGGAAGCCCCCUACUGUAUAAAAUCGAUAUAGGAAUAAAAGAGAGUUGGCCACUUUAAGGUAAAACCAACAAGCAGCUUCCAGUCCAGGAAGGUGGGCGGGGAGAGGGACUGACUCUGUGGGCGGGCAAUGUCUCCCAAUGCCCGCCCAUGCCGCCGGGCCUGCCUCGAGGUACUAUUUGACUGAACCACUGUUAACUAUUUCCUCCCAUAACAAAGUUUUCCUGUUACCUCGGCCACUUCUUGUGUGUUUUUCUACUUUUUGAUACAAAACUGUGCCAUUUAUACAAAUUACAUCCACUAUAAGUGUUUUUUUUUUUCCUAAAAAAUGAGUAGAACUAAAGACUCUAGAAGUACUCCAUGUAAAUGAGGGAAAGUAUUGCCACCCUGGAGUCAGAUUGUGCCUUCAGUCCUCACUUUAAAAUCGAAAGAAAGAAAGAAUUAUAAGACAUAACAAAAAGCCGAAAGGUUGACUUAAAUGUGUGAUUUCAAAAUGUAUUGAAAACUAUUGAUUCCUACAUCAGAUUUUUGUUCCUGGUUAUGGUUCAAAUCAUAGGCAUCGUAGUUAAUCACAUCCUAUUUAUUUAAAUAUUUAGUCAUUUAAAGAACAGCCAAAAUGUGUCAUGUCUUCUCUGCAGUCUUUGAGAGCUCUAAUAGAGUACGUCAGGUAUGCAGAAUGAUCAGGUACUCCUGAAUGAUUUGAGCAUGCAUUGCUCAUUUUGAUAGUAGCAGCAAAGCUGACUUUAUUAAUACAGGACUUUAAGAACAGCAAGGUUAAAAUGAAUGAAACUGAAUAAAAAAAUAAUUGAGAGUAGGCAUGAAAUACUUAAAAAGCAGAACAUUGUACAAGUAACAUUAGCAAGAAGAAAACAUGACAGACAUGAAGAAAAUCAAAAAUUAGAUUAACGACGUUACACUAAAGCUAAAGGAAUGAGAUGGGUCUUUAGAGCAGAUUUAAAAAUGUGGCUAGUGAAGAGGCCUUUCAAAUUUCUAUAAUUUGGUAGCUUCAAUGGAAAAAGCCUUUUCCUCCCUAAGUUUUUUUUUUUCUGUGUCCUUGGCACCUCAACUGCAGCUGAUUAGCUGAUCCGCUCGGCCAAUAAGGAGAUUGCAAGCACAUAAUUUGAAGAUGAACUGGGAACAUGAACCUCAAGCCAAGGAUUCAACCUCAUCACACCCACACCUGGCUCUGAGUACCAUAAUUUAUUAUAUUUACUUACUAAAAAAAAUAUUUCAGGCUUUACAGCCUUGGUGUGAUUGUUUGCAACUCCACAGCAAGGCUGAAUCUGGUCAUGAAAGUGCAGAAUCUUAUUCUUUGUGUAAUAAAACUAUGUAGACUGUUAAAAAAUAUAUCUUUCACCUUGACACUAAAAUAAGGUUUUCCAAAUUUAAUAGGGAUGGUGUUUCUGGAGGUUAUGGUGGUGAUACAUUUGUAAUUACACAUCAACCAGUCAAAAAUGUAUAAUUCCUCUUAAAUCCAGUCAAUCUUCAUUCUUCAAGAAAUAUAAAUAUAGCAUCAAGAAAUGUUAAUGGUAAUCUUCCUUUUUGUCAAAGAAGUGAAACUCUGCUAAAAGCUGAAAAAUAUUUGAUAUCCAUAACAAAAGUUACUUUUGUUAUAAACUGAAUGGUCUAUGGCACAUGGAGGUUUCGACGUCUGGCCAAUCCAUUUUGUUUAAAUCUUUCUCAUUUUAUUUUGAAGAUUAUUUUGGUUUUACUUGAGCAUCCAGUCCAACUCAUAGUUGUCCAGUUUAUUGGAAGUUGAGCCAUGAUUAGUUUCUCUGCAGGUUCUUUCUGUGUAGCUGAUGGUAUUUUUUUAUUAUUAUUAUUUUUACGGUUGAGUUGAAUGAUGCCUGCUUAUGUGCAGGAAAAGCACUUGUUUGUUAUUUUGCUCUGUCUAUUUUGAGCACUUCAGGGAAAUGAAAGAACUGAAAGAGUCAUUGCUGAUUAGUUGCAUUUUCCUUUUGUGUUAUUUUACAAAUUUUUAUACAUCUUAGAAGAAAACAAUGCAUCCAGUGUGUCUUGGCUGAAUCUGAGAGAGCUGCGAGUUUGCUCUUCUAAUGAAAUUAUAAUACUUUGGGUGUUUCUCAAGCUGUUUUGUUCCUUCCUUUGACUGUCUGAGCAUCCUUAACACAUAUUCCUGACAUUUUUAAGAGUCUAACUGUUAUAUUUAAAAGAAUAAUUCAAUUCUAAUUAUUAUAUAAUUAAUUUUGCAGACUGGAAUUGCGUAAACCUAUUAAUCAAAUUCUCAGGUUUUCCUUUUGUUUAGAUUUUGUGACAUCUAGUGGUAAAGCUGCAAAUUGCAACUUCCUGAAAAGCUUCAUCUUACCUUCUUUGUGCCACAUAUUAUUUUCACAUAUUUCACUCAUUAAUAUAUUACUUUUACUGGACUACGCUGGGAUGUUUUAAAUCUAGCCAACCAUGUAGUUCACUGUAAUAUUAAUUACAUUAAUUACAUUCUGAUUUUCUUGUUUUGCGUUUAUCGUAGAUAUGUGCCUGUGUGAUAUGUUUUCAAAAUUGUUUCUAUUUCUUUUUUUAAAAAAUGCCUCUGAGAGUUUAUUUAUAUAAUUCAGGUGUUACAUAUAAAACGUGUGUCUAUCACUCAGAAGUAUGAGGUCUAUGCCUCAUCCGGUGCUAUUACUUUUAUGAUUUUUACAAUUGUUUUUGUUUAAUUAGGAAACCAUUGUUGUUGUUUUUAUUUUAAUUGUUAAUAUCUCAAUUUUGUUCUGUAUAUUUUUAGACUUCUGUGAGCUUUUGGUGACUAUUUGGGUAUGGUACUUUUUCAGGUGUGGUGGUUUCUUGCAAAGCAUUUUCUGGUGUUUAAAAAAAGAGCCGUCUACCACAGGACAAUUUGUACUCAUUGUGACGACCGAUUUUCUGCUGCAAUGAGAUGGGAUCACAUGACUCCAAUAAACAAUGGCCUUCAGCAGAAGUUAUUCUGCUUCAUUUGGGGGUCAUACUCAAAAAAGGUGCUGACCGUCCCAAAAAGAGAUCAAAAUCACAAUUAUUAGAAACAGAGUUGGACUAUAAAAGGUUCAGAUCAUAUUUUAUUGCUAAAACUGAAUUCUGUGAGCUCUGAGCUCUCCAUAAUUCAUGAAAAACAGUUCAAUAAAUUGAUAUGCAAUGCUUUGGGUGCAGGGGCAUAAAAUGGAAGCAGGAAGGCAUGAAAUGGUGAUGUAUGAGUACAAAAUGAGUACUAAUUAUCAAAAAUUUGAAUUGUUCACGAGCCUUAAAUUCAAAUAUCCACCAUGCCACCAUCUAGAAUAUCGUCAGAAUGCUCAGUUUCAGUUUUAGUUUUUUGUUACCUGGAGCUCUGUCUGCAUCAGUCUCCUUCUUCGUAAGUUAUUGAUUUACUUAGACUCUUAACAGCUGCUUUACUUGAUAUUCAUCGUACUCUCUUUCUGUCUUCAAACUUCAGCACCAUAUUUGUUUUGCUUUUUGCCUCGCAUUUAAAUAUCCUUUCAUAUUGAAGUGCCUUAGCUUUGGCCACAGCUCUGUUGUAAAGUACCGCAGCGAUUGCGGAUGGGUUUUCAGAAAAUGUGUUAACUUUUAAUUUAUCUUCACUGUUUGAAAGUUUAUGCUUCUUGCAGCAUUUAACUCGGCACAUGAAUAUUGUAUGCAAACAAAUAUGCUCAUACAUGCCAUCCUCUCCCUCAUAACUCACAUACUUAAUGGACUUCCAUCUAUUAUUAGCCUGUAAUGAUACUGUAUUUGUUAUCGUAAAGCUUGCCGUAUGCUGCAUCGGUUCAGUAGCUGGCUGAAGAACAUUUAUUUGAUGGAAAAAGAGAAAUCAUUUGCAUCAAAUUGUUACAAAUUAAGAGUUUGUCUUUGAGAUGCUGCAGUCUGGACAAGUCUUUCUUCUACAGUACAUCAGCUUAACGACAACAUUAAGAAAAACAUGCCAAUAGUGUUAUCGUGUAUCAAGAAGCACUUGUGAAUUAUUGUGUUUUUAGCACAGUAAAAAUGAUUUGCAAUCAUUGUAACUUUGGAAAAUAUUUUCCAGUUGUGAAUUAGUUUUUUAAAUUGUUAUUUAUUUAUUUUUCAGUUCAAUUAGUGCCAAAUACAGGCAUCAAAAAGGACAAUCCCAGUUAUGGGCCGGA